ACAGCAUUGACACCACUCUCCCCAUUACUGCCAGAGCCUGCAUCAACACUGAAGAAAUGGUCUUGUUUCUGCUGAUAUCUUUCUCCACGCUGCUUUUCAGAGAUACUCUCGGGAUUAGUCAGCGCUGUCAGGAAGAUGAGGAAUUCAGCAACGUCACAACAGGGAGCCCAUAUGCACCUUCGGGUCUGAUCUGUUUCAGAGAGUGGAGCGAGGAGAAUAAGCCAUUCAACUGCACAUGGAAGAGAGGGAAGGAUCUAUCAGGGUACCGGCUGUGCUACUGCUGUGACACGUGCAAGACAUGCAGGUCGUUUGAGGUGGGAAAUAAAACCUCCUACAUUGUGGAGCGUGACAAUCUCUAUAUGAACAAGAACCUGACCUUCUGGGUCGAGACAGCAAAUGGUAACACCAAGAUGAAGUCAGAAAAGCUGUAUGUGGUGCCAGAGCAGGCUGAAAUUAAGUUAAAGCCUCUGUCAAUCAAGGAAGUAAACCUGAGAAGGUCGGCAGGGCUACUCACACUGAGUUGGGCAAAACCAAGAGUGAAGAGGAUUUUCAAUGAAAUUCGCUAUCAAAUCAAGGGCACUACAGAGUGGAAACAGAUAAACUGCAGCUCCAGUGAACAGAAGACUUAUGAGAACUGUACAAUCCUGCUGGACAAGCCUUCUCCAUAUUAUCUCCAGAUUCGCAGGAUUCAUCAAAACAUCUGGAGUGAAUGGAGUGACUUUGCUUUUAUACCAUCAGCAAUCACCGAGAGUUUGGACUUGCAGUGGACACUUGCCAAAAAGCAGCCCUGCCCGGGUAGGCGGAUGAUCAAUUUGAAGUGGAAGGCCCCGAGUGAUGUCAAAGUCGCAGGCUACAAACUUACUUUCGAAUGGACAAUCAACAUGACUGGUUAUUCCACCAAACAGAAAAACACGACAUACCAUACUAUGAUCUCCCUCGCUGCAUGCAAAGUUUCCAUUUUUGCUUUUAACAGAGGGAGCACCUCACCAACUGAAACCAUCCUCAUUCCAGCUGCUCAGCCCGAAGGCAUCCCUGACUUAAACCUUACGGCUGUUGAUAACCACACCUUGAAAGCCUCCUGGAUUCCUCACAACAUCAGUUUCUACUGUGCCUUUCUAGAGCUGGUGUCAACAGAAACCAUACAGCACAGAACAUGCCAAUUGAUGAAGCACCAGCAAUUCAGGAAGAAGACGGGACGUCAUCAGUCCACAGAGUUGGAGUUUGGGGGUCUGGAACCGCAGAGACGUUACCGCCUCACCAUUCACGCUAAGGAUUCAAAGAAGAAUAGUUGCUAUAAUUGCUACAGCAAGAUCGGCUACACCAUCGGCUCUGCCACUGCCUGCACGCAGGAAUACCCACCGACCCAUGGGCCCAUGAUGGUCAACGUAACCAACAUCAUGAAAAGCUCAGUGUUCCUCACGUGGAAGGGGCUCUCACUGGGAGAGUGCCAGGGCAGCCUGGAGAAGUACCUCAUCCUCUACACAAGCAGCUGGAAUCACACACACACUGCUUCUGUUAGUGCUUCGAAGCUGAACUACACUCUGGUCAAUUUAAAUGCCUCCACCCUGUACACCGUGCAAAUCUGUGGUGUCACCACUGCGGGACAAGGAGCAAAGACCAUCCGAACCUUCCAAACCAGGGACUUUGAUCACAGUGAGUUCAUAGCGAUCAUCGUGGCAACAUCCUUCUGCGUCAUGCUUGCUGUCUUCGCUGUGGUUUCUCUCUGUUACUUCAGCUACAAGAGAACUGAACGAAUGGUUUGUCCCACUGUCCCGGAUCCAGUCAACAGCCUUGCUGUCAAAUCCAUACACACAUCUGACCACAUCAGUCAAUGGGAGACAUGCUCUGCUGAAGAGGACGUGACAGAUGUUCUCCUCGCUGUAAUCAGCCUGCAGAAUGACACAAUCUCACCCGCUGAGCCAGCUACAGGUGAUACGGUGCCCAUGACAGAGGAUGGUGAGUCUGCAGGCGACAGCGACUCGCUGGGCUUUGGGAGCGAUUCUGCGUUUGAGUACAGGCGGCAGAUGGGCUCUCCUUUGGGCCUGGAGGAGGACUGCAGCAGCGAGGCUGGUGUGGAUGUGCAGAGCCCAGCGCUGGAAACCUGUCGCAUUUGUCCACUUGCCCGUUUUCACUCGGGCUCUGGGCUGAACCUUAGUGGGAACAUGAUUUCUCUGCUGUCCAUUUACAAUCAGACACUCGUGGAAGAGGAGUCAGCAAGGAGCAGUGUUGACUCUUAGUGCACUGGGCACUUGCUUACCCCACCUAACCAGGACUGCAGGGCGUACAGCUUCCAUCAGCAGACGUGGUGACCAGCGCCUGCCCUCCUCUGCCACUAAGUCCUCCUGAAGGCAGCUCCUGUGGUCGAACUGCGGAAGGUCUGGCCUUGCCCAGAUGUGGCCAGAGGUGAGAGCAUCCAGAGCUACCAAUGGAGAUUAUCUUCACAUCUGGAUCCUCACCAGCCAAUAACAAAGGGUUUAUUUAUUUGCCUGGGCUGCAUUGUGACAUCCAGUUUGUGAAGUCUUCCUGAGCAUUGUCUGAAUUUGUCUUAGCAACAGUCCGAGGCUUAUUACUGUAGGGGUUAUUGUGACUGGAGUACUGUAUCGGCAUUACAAGAUGCUUACAAUGUAGAAAUGGGCCAUUCGGGCUAUCGGCUCUGUGCUAGAGUUUCUUCAUCUCAGAAGAGCAUCCACCUACCUCACUCCAUCUCUCCCAAUCAUCAUUUCCUUCCGUUCCUUUCUCCUUUGUAUGUUUAUCCAGCUUCUCACUCUACUCUUCAUCUGAUUGAAUUUAUCAGUGACUGUCCUAUACAAGUGGCCCUCCUUUGAUUUUUUUUUGGUACAGGUUAUCUCCCUUACUCUCUGUGAUAGAGUAGGAGGCCAUUCAACCUGUUCAAUCUUGGCAGUGCAAUCCUAUCCGUCCCAUCUCUCUGUAGGCCUGUGGCAUAGCCUCUCCUGCUUGCCCCUCAACUUCACUUCGACCUUCUUGUACCAGCUAUCUCCCCUCCGUCUUCCAGUCUGGACAAGGGAUAUGACGCAAAAUGCCGACGGUCCACUUCUCCCCAAAGAUGAUGCCUAACGCACUGACUUUCUCCAUCAUCUUGUGUGUAACCUGACUUUCACAUAUUUGCUUCUUGCUUAGACCAAGGCAGGGGUUUCCAAUCUAUUUUAUACCGUGGACCAAUACCAUUAAGCAAGGGGUUCAUGGCCACCUGGCUGGGAACCCAUACAGUAAGGGUUAAUUUACAGUGGCCAUUUAACCAAUUCAAUAGACAAGGUCAAGAACAUGAUCCAAGAAAAGAAAGAGAUGAGCUUUAUUUGUCACAUGUACAUCGAAACAUAAUGGAAGUGUUCUUUUCUGUCAACAAUGAACACAGUCUAAGGAUGUGCUGGGAGCAGCCCCCAAGUGUCACCAUGCUUCCAGCACCAGUAUAGCACACCCACAACCUACUAACCCAGACGUCUUUGGAAUGUGGGUGCACGGGGAGAACGUAUAAAGACAGCGGCGGAAAAUGAACCCGGGUCACUACCGCUGUGAAGUGUUACACUCACUGCUGUGCUACAGUGCGGCCCAAGGGUUCCUGUAAUCAGCAAAAGAAAGAUUUUAAAUCAUUAUUGGUAUAAACUAAUUCUGUCCAAUCUUGCUUUGUAUCUGGAAUGAUAGAGCAAUUUGGAAGACUCUUCAGUCCACCAAAUAUAGCAAUCUAGUAACAAUUUACACUAAACCCAUUUUUCUUUUUCAAGCAUUCCCAUCGGCUCCAUCCAGAUUCUUCCAGUAACCUAGGCAAUUUAGAGCAGCCAGCUGAUCUAUCAACCUGCACGCCUUUGGGAUAAAGUUGAAAAUUAGCGCAUCCAUAGUUUAUGCACUCUUCCCAAAGAUGUUCUUUUGAGAGGAGCUCCCAGGUCCUGUCGAGGUUGUGCUGAGUGUCAGGCAUUUGAGAUUAUGGGUGUGGAGACAGUUUCCUUUGAGGAGGAGAUGCCCAGUUAACCCUCUGUAUCUACAAACAAAAACACAUCAAAUUCCUUACCCUCAUUAGAUCGAUCUCAAACCCAACCCAA